GUCAAUUUCGUUUUCGUAGUCUCGUUUAGGUUCUUAGGUUAUGAAGUUUUUCAAAUCUUUCAAUCUUUGUGUUACCGGUAGCAAUAUUUACCAGUGUCGACAAAAUACUGUAACUAUCGAGUGAGAUAAGAACUCAUCCAUCAUGCCUGGCGGUCGAAGAAACUUGAGUCGGUCUGGCUCGGGACGACCCCCUCAACCAAUAUUUUCUACAACAGACGACCUUUCCAAAUCAAAAUUAGGAUUGCAGUGUGAAGGAGUCUCGUCUAAAGUUGUUUCUCCGAAGCAUAUCCCACUCCCAGUGUUGCCCCAGGACAGUGGCCUAAUGUUCGAGGUUAUCAUGUGCUCGUACACCGCGAUGGCAACAUUUCUACAAUUCCUCCAUCUGUACCGCUCGGUAUGGUGGUUGCCACAGUCCUACACCAGAUAUUCUAUGAACUUCUACUUGAUAGACCCUUACCUGGUGGGGUUCAUCGGAACUAUACUCAGUAGGCGGCUUCUCUACAGCCUGGUCAGUAGAGCAGUCAUGCUGUGGGCUCCCCCCUCCAUCUGGACAGUACUGCAACAGCUGAUCAGACUGUUUCUCUUAAGCUUGUUAAUGGCAUCUCUGGUGUGGUGUACAUACAACAUCAUGCAGAAUCAUCCCAUUGUCAACAUCUUCUACCUCUGCUAUCCAAUUUCCGUCUACUUUAUUCUCUUUGGUCUGAGCGUUAGUCCGUUCUUCGAUGUGACGUCACUUCCUUCUAUCUCAAAUGACGAUGCAAAAGCCACAGCUCAAAUUUUAGGCAAACCACUGCACAGCUGCUCCAUGUCUCCGCAGACCAUUAGAGAAGAAGUGGAUUAUCUCAAGGCAGACUUCAACAUCAGGAUGAAGCAAGUUUUAUUCAGCUCUGUCCUCAAUGCUUACUACGCUGGUUUUGUGCCAUGCUGUUUCGCCCAGAAUUUUCUCUACUACGACAUCUAUUGGGCUACACAGCAUUUGACAUUCGUGUGGCUUGGUUGCUUUACAAUGUACCUGGUACAUUGCUUCCCGGUCAAGUACUGUGACACCCUUCACCGGGCAGCUCUCCACCUCGGACGUUGGGCGAGAGUGGAAGGCCGAACAAUGCAUCUUCCUUCUCACAUCUGGUCGGACACCACACUGUGGCACCAAGGAGCGCUGGUCAAGCAUUGCAAGGAGUUGUACAAGGCCGAGGGUAUCUCCAAUGCAGCGGAGCCUGGCAACCCCUCACACACUCGCUUCUAUUCAUGCUUCAACAACCCAGCCCUGCCGCUGUGUGUGAUUGUGGGGCUGCAAUUAGCCCUGGUCACUCUGCAGGUUGUUAUCUUGAUCAGAGUGUCCGAGUGGUACCAAGUAGUGUCUCUGGCGUUGCUUCUCUUCGCCAACUACUACACUCUGUUCAAGCUCUCCCGAGAUUACCUCGUCUGCUGGAAGGUUUACAAGGCGGAGGCUAUGAUCCAGGAUAAAAUAACUGGAGGAUAAAUGUCCUUCAGAAUUGAUUCGACAUUUCUUUCGUUUCUCCACAAUGUUUCGGAAGUCUAUGUUUGUCGUCAGCGUUGUGUCACAUGAUGUGAUUCCCCGAGAUCUCAUGACGGAAGGCGUACAUUACUCCUUCUGUUUUUAAUUAUAAGGAACUUUUUUAUUUAA